CCCAUUGGCUGCUGCUCCGCAUUAAACCCGCCAAUGGCGGGGCGACUUGAGGUUGCCGUGGUUACCGAUGCCGUGAGGGGGAGAUGGCGCGGCGCGGACCGGACGGGACGGACCCGAGCUUAGCCUAGCCUGGCCUGGCCUGGCCUGGCCUAGCCGAGCCGAGCCGUGCCGUGCCUGGGGCGGCUCCGCCGGGACAGCCCGCGGGGACGGGAGGCUGCUCCGGCCCCGCCCGCCGGAGCCGUCGCGGUAUAAAAAAUACAUAAAAAAUAAAAAUGGGUGAACUGGACCAUGGAACGUUGUUUUCAGCUCAUAGGAUUAGUGGUGGAGACAAUUUGGUGGUUCCUGCCAGAAAUGCUCUUUGCAGCCAGAAGUACAAACCUGUUGACUACGAACAUCUGUAUGACCUUGCUGCAGAGGCAAAAAUGGCCUCUGCACAAAUUCAGUUAAAGAUUAAAAAAGCAGAACAAGUUUCAAAAAUUAGCAAAGAGCAAAUGCUGCUGAAACAGCAUCGUCAGGUGUGGUGGCAAGAGUAUAGGAAACUGAGUGACAGCAGGCAAAAAGCAGAAGAAGAAAUGAAGACUUUUCUUGAUGAAGAAAGCCAUAAGAGCAACUUUUUUUUUGAUUUGAGGGACUUGGAGCAGAAAUUGUCCAAGGAGUGGGACGCUUACCAAACAAACGCUUUAGUUCCUGUCUGUCAGCUAAAGGAGGAUUUGAAACUCCAGCUGUCUAAAAUGCAGCGUUACCUCUCAAAAGAAUCUUGUCAGAAACCCAAGAUCAAUUCAGCUGAGGUGUUACAGCAGAUCAAAUUUAUGAAGAAGCAACAGAAGGCAAUUUUGGAAAGUCUCAUCCUUGAGAGUCUGGCUUUGGAAAGAGAGCUCGAAGAGUACAAAGAAAAUGCAUUAGUGCACUCUUCUGAAGAGAAAAACGGGCUUUUCCUUGAAGUUCCUCCCGAGCUGCUGUCUCUGGAAUGCCCUUACCCUGACCUGAAGACCUUGGUGAUCAAGGAGUACCAGGAGCUCGCCAGUGGCUACUGGGCAAAGCUUCAGGAGGUGGAUCAGCAGCUGGAAGCUUUAUCUAGGAGCAGUGACUGGAAGGAAGACGAUCAGUGGGUUUUCCAGACUGUUAUCAAUCAGUACCCAAGUGAUCUUCAGAGGAGGAGGACUUUGUACCUGGAUAUGCUGCAGAGGUAUCUUCCCCACAAAUCCAGGCAGGAGCUGGUGGCUCAUGAGAAGAAUUGGGAUCAUUCCCACUCCAUCAGGAAUUGGCGCAGAGUCUUGCUGUUAACCUGGGCUCAGGUUAGGAAAGCCUUUGUCCUCAGGGCCAUGGCCACUGCUGCUGAAGCUGCUGCUGCUCGUGAGGCAGAAGUGGUGCUGGCUGAUUCCAGGCAAAAGCAACUGGAGAUCUGUGCUGAUCUGAAAGCAAAGGUUCUACAAUGGAAAGCACAGCAGGAAGAAGCUGCUAAACUAGAAGCUGCUGUAGCUGCCAGAAGAAAAGCAAAGGAAGAUGAGAGAGAAAGGCUACAGAGAGAACAGGAAACCAUUCGUAGAGCUCAGGAUAAAGAAAAACUGAAAAAAUACUGGGCUGAGAAAGAGCUCAAGUGGCAAGAACAGGAGGAGAGAGAUCUACAACAUCUGGAGGAACUGAGAAAAUUAAUGGCUGAACAAGCAGCCAAAGACAAAGAAAGGGUGCAGUUCCGACGAGCCCUGCUGGAGAAGCGGCUGCAGGAGAAGAAGGAGCUGGCCCUGCUCCAGGCCCGGCAGGAGGAGGAGAAGGAGAAGCGCCUGGCAGCGCUCCGGCAGCAGGUUGCCGUUGUUGCAAAAUUAGAUCCAGCCAGAGCAGUGGCUGACACGGUGGCAUCAAAAGCUCGGAUGGGCAUUGGAACCAACACCGAGUCUGAGCUGCAGCAGCCCCUGUUCAGGUUGCACACGUACAGUGAGGAGCAGGUCUUUUCUGACCCCAGGAUCCGUGUCGAGCUCGCUCUCCGAGAAGCUGGACUGCAUAAAACACUUUAUGCAAGAGAGGUUUUGUCAAAACUUCCACCACCGAAGCUUCCAAGAAGAGACAUGGAAUCUACAGCUUUUGGAAUGUAGAGCACGUCUCAUCUGAGGGGCAGAGCAGCAUCAGGGCUCUGGGCUGGCCCACAGUAUGCAAACCUUCAAUUCCCUUGGGUUGUCCUAGAAGGGCUCAGUUCCCUGUGUGUGCACUCCAAGCCCUUCUGAGCUGUGCUGCACCACGUUCCACCUGCCCGCUGUGGGUCUGCAGAGGCUGGGCUCUGUGCUCCUGGAGGCUUGCCCACGUCCCUGGAGCUGGGACACCUUGCUGAGGGACUCCUACACACAGCCCAGGCCAAUCUGAUGUGCAGCACCUUGACUAGGAAUUCUUGGGAU